GGCGCAUGCGCCGCAACGUAGGCGCCAAAUCUGAGCGCGAGCUGGUCAGUCAGUCAGGCGAGGCUCCAGGCAGGCAAGGUCCUGGGUUUCCGUAUCCUGUUUUCAUCCGCUACAAUUCCACCCACCAUCUUCCACACCAGUGUUUUCUGUAGCAGCCUGCCUUUUAGAGUAUCUCCAUCCUAUGAAGGGCCAAGCUGUAAAGAUGGUGCACGUGACAGAUGUUUUGGCUAUCUUGAAGAGUCCCCAGCUCUUCCACCUACAUGAUCAAGAAGAGAAUCCAGAAACCAUCCCCAUAAGCAGUCCAGGGGCUCUGAAAGCUUCUCAUGAAACAUUUAGGCAUUUCCAGUAUCUUCCAGUGACUGGGCCUCACCCAGCUGUGAGCCAAAUCCAGGAGCUCUGCCGGCAAUGGCUGCAGCCCGAGACCCACACCAAGCAGCAGAUGAUGGAACGACUGGUGCUGGAACAGUUUCUGAGCACCCUACCGGAGGAGGUGCAGACCUGGGUGAGGUCAAAACAGCCUAAGAACAGCAAGGAGGCAGGAGCCCUGGUGGCCGGCUUGAUCCAAGCAUGUGGGGAGAAAGGUUUCCCUGCUCAGGACUUUGUCCUUGCCGAAAAGAGGAACACCAGAAAACAAAAGAAGGACACAGAGAUGUCUGAAAACCCCUUAUCUGCUGGACCCCAGGAGUUGGUGACUUUCCAGGAUGUGGCUGUGGACUUCAGCCUGGAGGAACUGACCUACCUUAGUGCUGCUCAGAGGAAUCUCUAUCGGGAGGUGAUGCUGGAGAAUUACAGGAACCUGGUCUCCUUAGGGUACCAGUUCUCUAAACCUGACAUUAUCUCACAGCUGGAAGAGGAGGAGUCACAUGUGAGGGAGGAAGACAGCGAUACAGAGAUGCAUCAUGAUCCCGGGGGCCCUUCCAGGGAAGACCAGAGACGGCCGGCUUACCGGGGGCCUUGCAGUCAUAAGCCCAGAACAUCGACCGACUUACCAGGGGCAUCGCAGUCACAAGCCCAGAACCAUGCCCUGCUCUUCGGAGACCCUCUCCUGGUGGAGAAGGAAAGAGCGGCAGAAAGAAAAUAAUAGCAAAAUCAUGAUAAUAAUAAUCACCAUCAUCACCAUCAUCACCACCAUCACCGUCCCCAUCAUCAUCACCACCACCACUAUCAUCAUCACCGCC